CACCCUAGCAAAAUGGCGCUGACACCCUUACACGCGCGUUUCUUAUUACAUAGUCGACCACAGGAAUAUUACUAAUAAUAAUAAGCGAGUUUAUUAAUUAAAUGGGUGGUAGUUUUAGUUUAAAUCCACGAAUUUAUGUACAAAAAUACAAUAAUUAAUAGAUAAUGGCCUCAAACAAGUGAAAUGCACUUAUUCCUUAAAAACAUUGUUUUAACAUCUAUGCACAAAUUAAAAGUCAUAUAUGACUACUCAAUUGCUAGGCAACAAAUGUGACGGGGGGCACUACCCGUGUUCGCCCCCUAAAGAGUGCUGCAAACAGGGAUGUUGUUAUCUACCUUCUUCCACUAUGUACAGACCUUCCUCUAUACAAUCAGCCACUGCUUUUAACCCCUUAUUUUUAGGACAUUGGUAUUUUUGGUUGGCAGUAACCGCGACGGUCACCGGUAUUCUUUGCGCCUGCUCACUAUGGAGAAAACACAGUCAGGGUAGUUCGUGUUGUGGAGAUUCCAGCAGGGAUGACAGGGCGUCCGAACCGGACUCUAACGGGUCCUGUUACGCGCCUCCACAGUACAGCAGAUGCAAUAGUUUUUACCAAGCGCCUCCACCCUAUUCCGAGGUUACUUCCAAGCCAGACCGUUACCCAGUAGUGAUAAGCUACGAAUUAGAACCUUCAAUAAAAAACACAAGUACGGGCUACCUCAUGGUUCAAUAUUUUCGAAAAUUAAUUGUAGGACCAACUGGAGAGCGUUCCUUAUCUGCCACGAGUACUAACGAUUCAAUUAACUCCAGUUUUAUAUGUAACGUAGCUAUUGAAGCCAAUACUAUAGUUCCGCCUCCGUACUCUAGUACGGCUAGUCUAGACGAAGUAGUUUGCGACAAACAGGCGAACGUCGAUCCUCGGCUGCUGCCGCACUCAGCUUCGCUGAUGCAGCAGCAGCUGCACGAAGCUGUCGUGAGCGGGGCGUCGUCCUCGUCGCCCAGCACCAGCAGCUGCGCCACGGCUGAACCCGAAAACCCCAUGCCUAAUCACCAUAUGCCUUCUUCGCAAAACGCCCUCGCCUCCGUGAAGCUUAGCAAGGAGGCGACGGCCACCAAUAAAGCUGUUGUGCCAAACGAUCAACAUUUAUAUAGUACAGAUAGAAUAGUAAACAAAAAUCAAACGAGCUGUGAUGGAACCCCCGCACACAAGCGCGGCACCAAGAGAGUCCUAAAGCAACGCAGUUCCGACUCGGAGAGCCAGGAAGAAAGUCACAACUUCGCAGACCUUCUAAACCUGUCGGUCUGCAUGCCUAGCAACGUGGUCUACCUGAACAAAACCCCCAUACACUCCAACCCGCUGCUGCAAGAGUUGCACUACAGCGUCACCAACUCCAUGACGGGCUCGGAGGUGAGCAGUCUGGCCAACUUGGACACCCCUGACUCGCCUCCAAGAGCCACCAGCCCCACGUUGGAGAUGAAGGAGCUGCUGAAUAAAAUUCAGAAGCUGCCGCAGCAUAAAGCGUUUGUUUUACCGAGUCAGGAGGCACGGCCUAGCAGGAAUUUGUUCCACAAGAUGCGUGCGAAGACUUUGUACAUGCCGCUGUCUGGUACUGUCUUAAAUAAGCCUAAGAAUCUACCAAAUGUGUCUUCAAGAAGCUGGCUGUCUCGUUCGGCUCCGAACACCCCAUGCGCAAAUUACGUGCCAAUUUUUCCGGUGCACAAAGCCACGAAUACGGUAGGUACAAUCACAGACGGAAGUCCUUUAUUGGCUGAACAAGACGACGCUGAAGACGAAGUUGCCGCGCACAGAGACGAAUGUCUUUAAUUAAUUACCACCAACAAUGGUCUGCAAAAUAGAAAAUAUCCUCCUUCUUAUAACGAUGCAGAAUAUAAAUCUGAAAAGAUCAACAUUUUUAUUUUAAGGGGGGUUUCAUUGCAGACCAGUGUAACUAAUUCCUACUGACGAAAAGUUUUGAAUUGAAUUAUAGUGCAAUUGAUAAAUCGAUAAUAUGAAUAUAUUUUUGCUGUUUUGUCAUACGCCAUAUAUUCUUAUGUAACGAAUAAAGAUUUUACGUAUCUAGAAACAUUUAUCUAUUUAUUUACAAAUCGUCCUUGUAUGUUCCUAUAUUGCCAUUCAGCUGCACCCCAUCCUUCAACCCCAUUAACUUUAAAUUUACAUAGCCUUUCCACUACUUUGCUUUCCCAGUCUUUACUUAAAUAAAAGUAUGGGCAAUCCACUACAUUUACUUGAACUGUGUAUUUUUUCCCACCUGCAACAUUGAUUUCAGUAAAUAAGACAUAAAUUACAAAAAAUUUUACCAGCACAAAAAGAAAAGGCGUAGUCUUUUGGAGGUUCAGCGUUUUCUCCAUGUUGAUAUAACUGUAGAUCACAAUCAGAUACUGGGUAAAUCUUAUCAUCUUCCUUACUAUACACAUAACCCAUGGUUAAUCUAGAA